CGCGGCGAUUCGCGAAAUGAACAGCAGCGAUGUGCUGGCGGCCCGUCGCGUCGCCCUGGGCCUCUCGCCAUCCAGCCAGCGCCCGGUCAUGAAGCGCCCACAUCUCGAAUAUUUCCGGGCAAGCCAGUCAGCGCCAGCCUUGUGCUCGUCCGCCAGCCGCCUGAAACUUUCCUGUUUCAGAACCGGGGCUCGGCUGUGGCACCCCCGGCAACAAACGAUCGGCCGGCUGCCAGGCACAGAACGCCAUCCCUUGACCUCCUCACAGGACCCUUCCAGAUCCACACCACUUUACUGGCCCACGCCGUUUGAUGUUUCACCCGCGGCCUUAGCAACUGGGAAGACACGCACGACGCUCCCUGCUGGCAAAACCCCCGGCAGUCUGAAUGUGCGUCCGACAGCCACAGGUGCAUUCCUCCGUCCCGCUUUGGGACACGCGCCCCAGUGCAGCCGGGCAUGGCUCUGUGUCCAUAUCAUGAGGCGAGUGAGAAUGAUGGCUUGCCGUGUGGAUCGGCGAGCGCAGUUGGGGACGAUGGAGCGGCAAAAGAGCGCUGGUAUAACGUGAAGACGUUGGAUAUAAAAUGUGAAUGCAAUGCCGGCUAUGGAGACGCCACACGAGAGCGACAAACGCAUACCGGCGAUCUCAAACUUGAAACAAGGAGUUCUGGAAACACGCUCCUCCAUUGGCGUGAACCUACUUUUCUGCAUUCCCACAUCCGACAUUUUCCACACUCAAAGUUCGGCAUCCUCACUGCCAUCAUGGUAGUUUUUAGCGCUUCCGCGCUGCUCCUCACGCUGCGCGUCCUCCUUUCAGUCACUCCCUCCACUGCUGCACCGGUUGCGCAGGCUGGAACUGCCGCUGCCGGCUCUGGAUACUGGCUUGCCGACAUCAAACGUCAGGGUCAGGCACCAUUCAACGCCGACCCUGCCGGCUACAAGGUCUACCGCAAUAUCAAGGAUUACGGUGCGACGGGCGACGGCUCCACCGAUGACACCGCUGCCAUCAACAAGGCCAUCGCUGAUGGUACCCGCUGUGGAGAGAAGUGUGACUCUUCGACUACUACCCCGGCAAUCGUCUACUUCCCUCCUGGAACCUACGUCGUCAGCGAGCCCAUCAUCCAGUACUACUACACGCAAUUCAUCGGUGAUGCCAAACAGAUGCCCACUCUGAAGGCUUCGGCCAGCUUUGAGGGCAUGGGCGUCAUCGAUGCUGACCCGUACAUUCCGGGUGGGAAUGGCGCCAACUGGUACACCAACCAGAACAACUUCUACCGCCAGAUUCGCAACAUGGUCAUCGACAUCUCGGCCGCCAAAGUUGCCGCGGGUGUUCACUGGCAGGUCUCACAAGCUACCAGCAUCCAGAACGUCGUGUUCAACAUGGCGGAGGGUGACGCGGGCAAGGAUCAGAAGGGUAUCUUCCAGGACAACGGUUCCGGCGGCUUCAUGUCCGAUCUUGUCUUCAACGGUGGCGCUAUCGGUGCUUUCCUUGGUAGCCAGCAGUUCACCACACGCAACAUGACCUUCAACAACUGCGGCACUGGCAUUUACAUGAACUGGAACUGGCUCUGGACCAUGAAGUCUAACACGUUCAGCGGCUGCAAAGUCGGACUUGACAUGGCCAAUGCUCCCGAGAACCAGACUGUCGGCUCCGUCAUCAUGAUGGACAGCAAAUAUGUCAACACUCCUAUCGGCGUCAACACUUCCUUCUCCGAGAACAGCAUCCCGGCCACUGGGGGUUCGCUGGUCCUGGACAAUGUCGAUUUCUCCGGUUCUCCGGUCGCUGUUCAGGACUUCAAGGGCCAGCAGAUCCUCGCUGGCGGAAAGACUGUCACCGGCUGGGCCCAAGGUAACGCUCUCGCUGCCGGUGGUGCUCAGGAUCGUGUUCAGGGCGACAUCAGCGACGCACCCCAAAAGCCUGCUAGCCUCCUUGGCGACAACGGCUUCUUCGAGCGCAGCAAGCCCCAGUACGAGGACGUCAGUGUCGAUUCGUUCGUCAGCCUCAAGACUGCAGGCGCCAAGGGCGACGGCAGCACCGAUGAUACCGACGCUAUCCAGAAGGUGAUCGACGGUCUCCAAGAAGGACAGAUCCUCUACGCUGAUCACGGUGCCUACCUCAUCACGAAGACCAUCACCAUCCCAGCCGAGAAGAACGUCAAGGUUGUUGGUGAGAUCUGGCCUAUGUUCAUGGCUACUGGAGACUUCUUCGGUAACCAGGACGACCCCAAGCCAGCCUUCCAAGUCGGCGCCAAGUCUGGAGACAAGGGCACUUUCGAAAUGAGCGACUGCAUCAUCACCACCCAGGGCCCCGCUCCUGGUGCGAUCCUCAUGGAAUGGAACAUUAACGCUGAGGCUGGCCAGGCCGGUCUCUGGGAUACCCACUUCCGUGUUGGUGGUUUCGAGGGCACCAAGCUCCAGUCUUCCAACUGCAAGAAGAACCCGACUGCCACACACGAUGCCAACACUGAGUGCAUCGGCUCCUUUAUGCAGCUCCACAUCACGAAGUCUGCUUCUGGCUACUUCGAAAACGUGUGGCUCUGGACUGCCGACCACGAGCUCGACCAGGGCGACCACUCCCAGAUCGACAUCUACAACGGCCGCGGUAUGCUAGUUGAAUCCCAGGGCCCCGUCUGGCUCUACGGUACUGCUUCUGAGCACUCUCAACUCUCGCAAUACCAGUUCCAGGGUGCUAAGGACGUCUUCCUCGGCGCUAUCCAGACGGAGACUCCCUACUAUCAGCCAAACCCUGAUGCGACUCAGCCCUUCAAGACCAACACCAAGUUCUUCGAUCCCGACUUCAGCCAAGCUGAGAGCAAGACUGCGUGGGCCAUGCGCAUCAUCGACAGCCAGAGCAUCUGGAACUACGGCUCCGGUACCUACUCGUUCUUCCAGAACUACGAGCAGACGUGCGUGAACACCCAGGAUUGCCAAACCGACAUCAACCAAGUUGAGAACUCGACCAACGUCAACAUCUUUGGUCUCUCGACAAAGGCUUCGGUCAACAUGAUCACGGCUGGUGGUCAGGGUCUCGCCAAGGACGCCGACAACCGCUCCAACUUCUGCGCUACGCUGGCUAUCUUUGCCCAGCCGUAAGCGUUUUCUACCCUUCUCCCCCUCACCUUGAGGUGUAUAGGAUACCUUGACGGGUCCUUGAUGGACAACAUUCUCUUCGUUCCCCGACUGCGGGCCCCUAAUUUAUAGCAUGUACACCUUAUUCCCCUAACCGCAUCCUCUCGUUUUUCUCAACACAACAACAUGACUUCAUGUCCAUACUUAGGGCUUGCAAGCGGUCGCUGGAAAAAUGGGCAAGGGACGUAACGAUGAGCAUAUAUUAUACCCCGGGUCGUUGGCGGUGGAGUCUUUUUUUAUUAUUAUCCGGCUUGCAGCACUGCUGGCAUUAACUUCUUGAAGGAGAUCUUGAUGUCGCGCUGUUGUAGGUUGUGGUCUUUGUUUUGAAUAGAUAAAUGGAAUUGCAU